CUGGCCAAGUUAAGUUGAGUUUAGCUCACGUGUUCACACUAAACGUUGGUCGCACUUCGUGUGCAGUUGUUUUAUGUGUGCUUUCAAUCUGUUCCCCAAGGAGGCGGACGUUCCGUACACUAUCAACUACGACCACACGGACGAGCACGGUACGCGCAUCUACAGGCUGGAGAUCACGGACGCCGACAACGUGCGGAUGGGCACGUACGGCUACAUGGACGCCAAGGGCCUGUACCGCCAGGUGCACUACCUGGCUGACGCCACGGGUGUGCACGUGUUCGUGUGCACCAACGAACCCGGCACCGAGACCUCGUACCCCGCCGACGCGGUCAUCCACAUGCACCACUGGGAGAAGGUUGAACUGGACUCGACGCUCGGAAGGCUGCUUGCCAGGCUGCCGCCAGUCACUCCACCGCCGACUGUUGUCGCUGAAGGCAAGAAAAAGAAGAAGAGGGUGCCACAUAACCACAGCAAUGCCACGCUUGUACAGGGGGACGGCGCCAAAGUGUAAAUUACGUGCCACGGCUGCUGUCAGCUGGGAGCUUGCAAUGACGCGAAAAUAACGUGCCUCAUUUUCCUGUCGCACCGUGGACAUUGCUAUUCUAAUUCUUUUUUUUUUGUGUACAGCAAUAGGUGAUGCCAUGAACAGCUCGUUUCUAAGCUAGAUAUGACUAAUUUAUAGGAAAAGGCAAGUCAGUCGUCCGCCUUCAAAACUGUAUAUGUUGCCACCGUAACGACCCGAGCCGGCUCUCAAUUAGUACGGCUGCGUAGACGCUGCUUUCAACGAGAAAAUGAGAUACCUUGCUGGUGAAGAUAUUUGGUUACUUUUUUCACUAACCAUAGUUGGCGACAGGGGAGCGCUAGAGGCUCCUUGUGAAUCGAUGACAGAAAUGCAAAGCCAGUGGCUCUAUAUUCGAAUAUUUCUGUACAUAUAGUUGUUUAGGGUCUAUGGUACGGGCGACCAUGACUUUUAAUUGUCCACUCCACACACAAGUCGUUGCAAGCAGCAUUCAUAUUGCAAUGUGUGAAAGUGAGGGUUGCCAGGGCAAAAUAUGCAGAACGGCAUAUUUCAU